UUUUUUUUUUUUUUAAAAGUGUGUCUAAAGAAAUUAAAAAAGUUGAAAUUUAAAAGAUUUGCAUUUCAAGCAGCAGAUAUUUGGAAUAAAUUUAACUAAAAACCAGAUAUUGAAUAAGUGAAAAUGCGUGAACGUAGUCAUACAACUCCCAGAAGACGCGGUCCGAAACAACCUUUACCACAGGAUGCUCUAUACAAUGAAUCUUUCGAUUCUCAAGAGUCACCAUAUUACACGAUCGAUAAUACGGAAGAUAUUUAUAGUACAACCCUAUUGCCAUCUCAGAGAUGUUAUGUGGAUCCAUGGGACUUAGAAAACUAUGAUUAUGUUAGAAAGAAAGUUGAGCAGCCAUUAUCUCCACGACAUCAAGAAUAUUACGAGACAUCGCUAUCUCCUAGUCCAAUAGAGGAAAACAUGCAUUCGAACUAUUAUUACGGCAGAGAACCAGUUGAGGUACCUCCUCGAAUGGCAGCCACUAUGCCGCGUAACCGAAGACGUUCUACACACUUCCAGUGUCAAAUGGAAUGCUGCAACCCUCAACCCCAAAGAAGACGUCCCAGUGGUCUUUACGAUGUUGGAGGAGCCGAUAAAUAUGAUGACUACAUGACCUUACAUAUGGCGCAGAAAUUUCAAAAUGCUCUUAAUUUGGAAGAUGUUGAACAGAAUAUUUAUACGGGAUUUGGUGGCUUCUCAUCUUCCUCCUCAACGGAGCCGCACAGUUCGCUUGGCGAUGACUAUCACACAAUGACCUUACACCGCAAAGUUUCCAACUAUGGUGCUCUACCACAACAACGACGAAUUUCAAAACCAGCACCCAAACUUGAAUUCCCAUCCCCACCACCUAUGCCACCAACCUACGACUAUUGUAAUCCUUAUGCUACAUUGCCUCCUUGCUGUAGUGUAUCCGAUUGCUACGAAUGCUUGUCGCAGGCUCAACAACAACUAUAUGGCACUCACUCGAUUUAUGGCACCACCACCACCACAGCCGGCCCCUCCAGUUGUUAUGGGUGUGCGGGCAUGACCGACAGUCAGACUUUGGGUCGUCGUCCCUCUUCAUCGCUCUACAGUGGAAUUUAUAAUAGUAAAUUCGGUAUGAGCAAAAAGGGUUUAUUGCAAAUUGAUUAUUCGUGCAGUUGGAAUGAUUUGGAUCGUGUUAUGGGACGAAAUUAUUGAGCAUCUUCUUAAUCA